GAACGACAAAUUGGCAACAAACCAUAUCCCUUUGGAUUUGGAUCCCUUUGGUUGAAUUAGUUGAAUUGCAGAUAUGCUCUUUUUAUUUCCGCAGCAUUCUGGUGCCCAAAGUCUUUCGUUCUGGUGCCUUGUACUCCCACUACGCCAUGGCCAAGUAUUCCCAGAACCAGUCCUGUGGCCACACUUGUCCCUGGGGCUCAGGAGAUGACAACUUGCCACCGGAUGCCUUCACCCAGGCAGCCAUGAAGGCAGCCCGUCGCCGUGUGCCACAAGAGACUGUCAACUCCCAAGUGCAGGUGCAGCCGGAGACACAGCCAGAAAAGAUGGACAGCGUUCGAUCUCAGACUUCCCGUUCAGUUUCUGGGGAGAAGAUUCAAGUUCAGCAAGAUGUUGAAGGCAAGAUGAUGGAACUGCUCCAAAAGUGCCUUGACAAAAAGGUGAUCGAGUUGCGGGAUCUCAAGGCACCGGUGAAGAUCGCCAAAGACAUGGACUUCGAUGUGAGAAGUUCAUGUUCCACCGCGACAACUCGGUCGCAGGCUUCGUCUCGGCAGGAGAAGCAGCCCCAAAAGCCCCAAAAGCCCCAGCAGCCGACAUCAAAAAAGACCCAGAGCAAAAAAGAUCUCAUGGAUUGCUCUGCUCGUGACGCUGAGGUGAAUGAGGUGAAUGGUUAUGAGGCCCUUGACCGCUAUCCAGCUUUGUUGCGUGAAGUGAAUGGCCUAAGUGAUAAAGCUAUCACACAAGGUCUCACGAGCACCGGCAAGCAGAAGCAAGCCAUGAAGCUCUCAGAUGCCUCUCUGGGAAAAUUUGAUGCCGACCAGUCACGCAUUGCUUAUCUUCAAAUGCAGAAAAGUGCGGCAGAAGCUCGGAACAAGAACCGUUCAGCACUGACCUUUGGUGAUGAUGUGGGACCUUUCGAUAAGAAGACCACGAAGACCACGGGACCUAAGGAGGUGACCAUGGCCGGCAAACGAGCUCAAGCCCAGAAGCUCUCAGAUGCUUCACUCGGGAAGUUUGAUGUCGACCAAUCUCAGAUUGCAUUCCGUGAGACACACAACAGUGCUGCUGAGAUGCGAAACAAGAAUCGUGUCGGCCAAGGGAUUUUCUGAACAUUCUGAACUGUCCUUAGAAACUUCAGAUUUUGGGCAUUUUGUAUCAUUUUGUCACAUUUUGUUGACAUAUUUGACAUAUUUUGUCUUGUCAUAUUUUGUGAUGCCAAAUCCGGUUCCAGGGGCCUGACAGAGGCCUUUGUGAGCUCCACACAGCUUCAGUGCAGCUUCGGAUUCCAACGGAAUCUCCUUUGGUCUCCUUUGUACAAUGCAAUGCUGCUUGCUGUUAGUACACCGCGGCAGAAAGAUCCGCGAAACAAA